AUUUGGAGGAGGGGAACAUGCUUAGUCCUGUGCAGUGAUUGGGGACAGGAGGGACUGCAGUGGGUGAGAAACGAGCGGACAGGCUCGCAGAAAAUGCGAGGGAUUAUAAACUGCUGAUCAAAACACAGUGUGGACUAACAAUUACUUUGUCAAGAGAAAAUAAACGUAAAAGACCACAGCAAAUAUAGACCGUGCUGGUGGUCACAGGGCAAACGAGUGGAGCGUCUUCUACCCGCGGUGAAGAGGAAGGGGAACAUCAGUCACAUCACCAGGGUUGCAGUCAAGCGGAAUUUGCCGGCUCUGUAAUGUGGCCAUGACAGAUAAACCAGCACACGGAGGGAUAAACCGCACCAACACCAGUGCCAGCCUGCGGAAAUUCCCCAACUGCGUUGCAAAAAUUCCAAACAGAGACAUCGGACACCACAACCCGUUGCCCGAUGCCAUAAGGAAGCCUGUUACUGCAUUUUACCAUGCCUGUCCUGCAAGGCUGCAUCACUUUGAGAUGUAAAAAUAAACUGUUUGAGGGAAUGUAAGUAAACAAAAUCAAAGAAGUCACUGAAGAUCUGUUGUUGGGGCUACCGAGGCUGUGUUUCUGGACGCAGCAGUCUUGUAAACGCUGAAUCUGGAAACUUCCGGAUACAGCCGUAAGUGCUGGGAUGGUGAUGGAAUGGGACCAGUGAUAAAACCCAGCAAACUACCGGAAUAACCCGUAUGUGGGAGUUCUCUGGUAAAAAGGCAACACUGUUACCUCCACCUGCAAUGCUGUUCUCUAGACUCACGCCAUUUCCCAGGUGGGCCCCAGUUACCCUCAUAUAGCCCUAGAAACGAAGGCUAACCAGGGGGCAGGGCUAAAUUCAGUUUGUGCGUUGGGGCACUCUGAGAACCUGCCCAGAACGAAGAUGCUGGCCUGAGAGCCGGAGGGGGACGUCCUGAGCGGGGGCGGCCUGUGCGGGACGCCCUGGCGUCGCAGGAUGAGGAGGCCCAUGUGAGGGGCGGGGGCGGAGCCGCGAUGGCGCCCCCCGGACCCCAGCAAGGCAGGCCCUUCUACUGCAGGGAGUGGGUGUUCCAGAAGCUUCAGCGCUGCCUGCAGGAGAAGUCCAACCCCCUGGCGGGGGGGAGCACCGCCCCCACCCUACAGCCAGGCGGCGGGGCCGGUCCUGGAGCUGGGGGGGCCGCCUCGCCCUCGGGCAGAGGGGCGUCCUGGGGGGUGCUGCUGGUGGGGGGGCCGGGCUGUGGGAAGACCGCUCUCUGCAGGGAGCUGCUGUGGCCCAGCAGGACACAGGGGCUCCUCCGAGGCCUGCACCUCCGGAGCCUGGCCUUCCACUUCUGCCACGCCCUGGACGCGGACACCCUGAGCGUCGGCCGCUUCGUCCGCGGCCUGGUGGCCCAGCUGUGCCGCAGCGUCCUGGUGCCCGGGUUCGAGGAGGCGCUGCGAGACCCUGCAGCCCAGAGCCUCCUGCAGCCCGGGGAGUGCGAGAGGGACCCUGCUGAGGCCUUCAAAAGGUGCGUGUUGCUCCCACUCCUGUCCCUGAAGCCCCCGCAGCAGUCCCUGUUCCUCCUGGUGGACUCGGUUGAUGAAGGCUGCCAGCUGGGUGAGGCGGAGCCCAGAAUGGGGGCGUGGUCAGCGGCGGAGUCCAGAAAAGGGGCGGGAUCAGAGGCAGAGCCCAGUAAGGGGGCGGGUUCAGGGGAGGAGAUCAGGACGGAGGCGGGAUCAGAGGCGGAGCCCAGGACAGGGGCAGGGUCAGGGCAGGAGCUCAGGACGGAGGCGGGAUCAGAGGCGGAGCCUAGGACGGGAUCGGAGGCGGAGCCCAGUACGGGGGCGGAGUCAGAGGCGAAGCCCAGAGUGGGGGCGAAGUCAGAGGUGGAGCCCAGUGUGGGGGCGAGGCCCUGCAGGACCAUCGCUGAACUUCUGGCCAGCCACCACCAGCUCCUGCCCCCCUGGCUGCUCCUCAUCUGCUCCUCCCGCCGCCAGAACAGGGCCGUCACCAAGCUGUUCACAGGGUUUCGUAAAAUCAGCCUGGACGACCUGCGGAAGGCGCACGUGGUGAAGGACGUGCAGCAGUACAUCCUGCACCGGCUCGACCAGGAGGAGGCGCUGCGCCGCCACCUGACCAAGGAGACGGCCGAGAUGCUCAACCAGCUGCACAUCAAGAGCGGCGGCUGCUUCCUGUACCUGGAGCGCGUGCUGGACGGCGCCGGCGACGGCUUCCUGCCGCUGCGCGAGAUCCGCCACAUCCCCGGCACGCUCAACGGCCUCUACCUGUGGCUGUGCCAGCGCCUCUUCGCCCGCAAGCGCUUCGCCGCCGUGCGGCCCGUCCUGGACGCCGCGCUGGCCGCCCGCCGCCCGCUCGCCGUCAAGGAGCUGUACCGCGCGGCGUGGACCCGCGACACGGCGCUCACCAUGGAGGAGUUCCGCCGGAAGAUGGACGCCCUGUCCGAGCUGCUGGUGGAGGGCGCGGCGGGGACCAGGACGCUCUUCCACGCCAGCUUCGCCGAGUGGCUGCUGGAUGUGAAGCACUGCACGCCCAGGUACCUGUGCAGCGCCGCCGAGGGCCACCGCAUGCUCGCCAUGAGCUACAGCUGCCGCGCGCGCGAGCUGGGCCCGGCCGAGGUGCGCGAGUUCGCCCUCCACCUGGUCCGGGCCGACCUGCGGGUGGAGCCGGCGCAGCUGGCGCUGUGGAUGGUGUGGAACGGGACCCCGGCGCAGGACUCCCUGGGCGCCUCCCCGCCGGAGGAGCGGGAGGUGCUGGAGCUCCUGGUCAAGGCCGGGGCGCACGUGAGCGGCGGGGGCGAGCGGGGCGGGGCCGGCGGGGAGCAGGGCCGGCGGGGGGAGGAGUCCGUGCGGGCGCUCCUGGAGAACGGCGCCUCCGUCAACUGGACGGACGGCGGCGGGCGGAGCCUGCUGGCCAGCGCGGCGCACGGCGGCAGCCUGGGCGCGGUGGACCUGCUGGCGGGCCGCGGGGCGGACCUGGAGCUGGCGGACGGGCACGGGCAGACGCCGCUCACGCUGGCGGCCCGGCAGGGGCACGCCGCGGUGGUGGAGCGGCUGAUCGGCUACGGCGCCGCCGUGGACCGCAGCGACCACGACGGCUGGACGGCGCUGCGCUCGGCGGCCUGGGCGGGGCACGCGGGGGCGGUGGCGGCCCUGCUGCGGGCCGGCGCCAGGGUGGACUGCGCCGACGCCGACGGGCGCACGCCGCUCCGGGCCGCCGCCUGGGCGGGCCACGCGGACAUCGCGCUCAGCCUCCUCCGGCACGGGGCCCAGGCCGACCGGGCCGACCGCGAGGGGAGGACGCCGCUCAUCGCCGCCGCCUACGCGGGCCACCGCCGCGUCGCCGAGCACCUGCUGCGCCACGGCGCCCGGCUGGACCACCAGGACGCCGACGGCAGGACCGCGCUGGCCGUGGCGGCGCUGCGGGCUCCCUCCGGCGGGGGCGGGGGCGGCGGCGGUGGCCACGCCUCCGUGGUCGGCCUCCUCGUGGAGUGCGGCGCGGAGGUGGACCUCCCGGACAAAGAGGGCGUGACGCCCCUGCUGGCGGCGGCGUACGAGGGCCACGCCGAGGCGGUGGACCUGCUCCUGGAGGGCGGGGCCGACGUGGACCACGCCGACCGCAGCGGCCGCACCCCCCUGCUGGCGGCGGCGUCCAUGGGCCACGCCGCCGUGGUGAAGGCGCUGCUCUUCUGGGGCGCGGCCGUGGAUGGUGUGGACGGCGAGGGCCGCACGGUGCUGGGCGUGGCCGCCGCCCAGGGGAGCGUGGAGGUGGUGCGCCUCCUGCUGGACCGGGGCCUGGACGAGAGCCAUCGGGACGAUGCCGGCCGGGCCCCGCUCCACGCCGCCGCCUUCGAGGGCCACCGCGCCGUCUGCCAGGCCCUGGUGGACCACGGCGCCCGCUGCGGCGAGGUGGACAACGACGGGCGCGUCCCGCUGGUGCUGGCCGCCCAGGAGGGGCACCGCGACUGCGUGCGGGUGCUGCUGGAGGCCUGCCAGGCCAGCCCGGACCAGCGCGGGUACGACGGGCGCAACGCCCUGCGGGUGGCGGCCCAGGAGGGCCACCGCGACGUCGUGGAGCUCCUGCUGGCCGGCGGCGCCGACGUGGACUGCCGGGACGCGGACGGGCGCACCACGCUCUACGCCCUGGCGCUGGAGAACCAGCUGGGCAUGGCCGAGUGCCUGCUGGAGCACGGCGCGGGCGCGGAGGCCAGGGACCCCGAGGGCAGGACGGCGCUGCACGUGGCCUGCUGGCAGGGCCACCUGGAGAUGGCGCGGGCGCUGGUCGCCCACGGCGCCGACGUCAACGCCGCCGACGGGGAGCGGCGCUCGCCGCUGCAGUCGGCGGCCUGGCGGGGGCACGCGGCGGUGGCGCGCCUCCUGCUGGACGCCGGGGCGCGGCCGGACCACGCCUGCGACCAGGGGGCCACCGCGCUGGGCGUCGCCGCGCAGGAGGGCCACGCCGAGGUGGUGCGGGCCCUGCUGGACCGCGGAGCCGACCCCAACCACGCCGACCGCUUCGGGCGCACCGCCGUGCGGGUGGCCACCAGGGGGGGCCACACGCACAUCGUCCAGCUCCUGGAGAAGUACGGCGCCGUGGGCCAGGUCGGGAGUCCCCCCCCCACCAAGAGCGCAGCGCCCCCCCGCACCAAAUCCACUGGCACAAGCACGGGACGGGACGACCCUCCGCCCGCGGGCCUCGCCCAAACUUUCGUCUGCCUGUCCGAGUGCCCCGUCUCUCCGGCCACCCGCUCCCUCCCCAACCACUCCCCCAAGAGCUCCCAGAAUUCCCUGCGCACCGCCUCCUCCGCCGGCACCGCCCGGACCACGCCCGCCGACGGCGUCCCGCCUCCCAGCCACACCCUGCAGGUCCAGCAGCGCUCCCUCCCGCGCAGGCGGGACCGGGGGCCCGGCGCCGCCCCCGCGUCCGCCAGCCGCUCCCCGUCCAGCGACCGCGAGGGAAACCGCGUCAAACUCGCCCCCAGGGGCCGAAGGUCCGGGAGCGGCGGCGUCGGCGGCUCCGGCAGGUCGGGCUCGGGGCGGAGGAAGUUCCAGAACGGCCCGGCGCCGGAGUACGACGUGAGCCGGCUCGCCGUCGGGCCGACGGACCCUCUGCGCAAGAGCCAUCAGGGCGGCGCCGAGAACAAGCGCAACGCCGUGGCGACCGGCCCCAAAUAUCACCUGCAGGGCCAGCAGGGCUUCCUGUGCAGAGGGGAGGGCUACCCAAUCAGGGAGCCCGAACUCUACCCAAUCAGAGAGGCCGAACUGAGCCUGAAACGGGCCCUCAUGUUGAGCGAAGCAGCCGACCCUUCUCUUAGCUGUAAGAAGGAGACGCCCUUGUAGCUGGUGACUAAUUAUGCGGUUAUGCAAUUAUGUCUCAGCUUGUUUACUUCGUUGGAAAAUAUCACCGCGGUCCUUCGUUCGCGGACAGAACAGAAGCCGGGAGUUUCAAGUGCGUCAUGCGCAAAUGUCAGCUUGUGGUUCUUACAUCAGUCGUGUUGAAUUCAUGCUGAAUUUAGGAAGGGGUGCGAGACAGUGGCAGAAUCAUCUACCCUUCUGGCUUAAAGCUCUGAGGGGUUCAUACAUCACCACAGGUCCCCUCCACUCUCAGUUUAUAGUCGUCUCAACUCAUUUCGCUCUCUCUUCACAAUGUAUAAUUACUGGCUUUAGUUCUCUCGCCACGUGGGGACCCUGUGUUCUUCUGGGAUUCUGAACCCCCCCCAAGACUCCAGUUUCUCACAAGAGAACAGCCAUCUGUCUGCCCUUCAGACUGUGGGAGGG